UCUGCUGACACUUGUUACCGUGUUAUAGUUUUUGCUGUUCGGCUGUUGUUGCUGCUGCUGUUGUGCUUUUUUGCAGCCAAACGGUACACGCUGCGCCGAUUUGUUGCGCCGCUGCUGGCCAUUGGCGUGUGCGUUGGUGUGAGUGCGCCCAUAUGUAUGUUGCCUAGGAAGCAGAAUCUCAACGUUGCGGCUGUAAUCCAAUAGAUACGAAACUUUUGACUUGACCGAGUUCAUUUGUCUUCGGAACGGCGGCGUGUAAAGAUCGUCAGAAGUUUGGUGCCGAUGAGUAAAACAGGAGUGUAAAAACUCUGAAAAGUUUUUAUUCACAAAUAUUCAGUUUGUAGCGCAGCUUUCGAGUUGUAGACAUUCAAAAAAAGUAAGAGCUUUGCUACGAAGUAGUAAACAGCGACGAACUUGAAAGAAUUUGAAGCGAACAAUAUUGAAAAGUUAAGCGAAUUUGUGGAAAACAGUGUGCCGUUCCGAGUUUUUCGAAAACAAAUUGAAUUAAGUGCAUUUUGGUAUGUGUUUUUGUGCGUAACUCUAUGUUUAAAAACUUUUGUCAACAGUUAGACAAAGCGACAACAAGUUGCUAAAGUGCUUAGAAAAAUCUCACUAAAAUCAAAAACAAAAAAAGAACAAGAAAAUAAUUAAUAAAAAUAUUUAACAGCAGCAGUGUGCUCAGAAAAUACAAACUUUCAUUCCCACAACCGUUACGGAAACUUUAUGAUUUUUUCCCUUAAAAAAAAAACAAAAGAUAUUAAAAAAUUUUAAAAGUAAUUUAAACAGUGUUAAAGCACUAACUGGGCAACAAAGCAAAGAAAACACUAAAUAAAUAUACAAACAACCCAUGCAAACACAAGAAAUAAAAAAAAAAUAAAAAUAAAAGUAUUGUAAAACUUUCUUUUUUUCCCUUCCUUGUCUUAAUAAAUGUUUACUUAAAUUCGUUUCUAAAGCGAAUAUCUUAAUUCAUUUAUUAUAACAACUCUCUCACACACUCACACUGACUUUUAACUAGAAAUGGGUCACCAAGCGACUUCCUCGAGUCACGUUGACAGCACCGCAACGCUGCUUAACGAUGGAGCUGAGCUAAAAAAGCGCAUCAAUGGCACAGCAAACGGCAUAAACGAAGCUAAAGUAGCUUCUACCGAUGCUGCUGCGCUAGCCGGAGAGGCGCCACCGACAACCAAUCCACUGAAGAAGAUCGGUCUCUAUGAGCCCGUUUACCACGUCAAUCUGGAGGAGUAUACACGCACCUUUAAGGGUGACAAAGUGUUUGGCGUCGAAUUCAAAGCGCCACUCAAAUGGGAUAAAGUCAUACAAAUAUUUCUGGUGCACAUUGUGUGCAUUUUGUGUUUCAUCGUUUUUCCUUUGGAAAAGCUGAGAUUGUACACCACAUUAUGGGCCUUCUUUAUGGGCGGCGUUGCUGGUUUUGGCGUAACUGCUGGUGCUCAUCGCUUUUGGACACAUCGUUCCUUCAAGGCCAAUGUACCGUUACGUAGCAUAUUGAUGCUUUGCUUCUCGGUGGCCGGGCAGAAUACGCUCUACGAUUGGGUGCGUGAUCAUCGUGUACAUCACAAAUACUCGGAAACCGAUGCUGAUCCACACAACUCGAAUCGUGGUUUCUUUUUCGCUCACGUCGGCUGGCUUAUGAUGCUGAAGCAUCCAGAAGUUUUACGUCGCGGCCGUCAGCUGGAUUUGAGCGAUGUAAUGAACGAUCCUGUUGUGCAGUUCCAUCAGAAAUACUUUAUACCCUUGAAAAUAAUGCUCUGCUUUGUAUUGCCCACCAUGGUGCCAAUCUACUUUUGGGGUGAGGAAUUCCAUUUGGCCUUCAUUACACAAUGUCUCUUCCGUUAUGUUAGCAGUUUGAACUUCACAUGGUCGGUGAAUAGCGCCGCUCACAUGUUCGGCACACGGCCGUAUGAUAAUCGCAUCAGACCCACUGAGAACAUUUACGUCUCUAUCAUUGCCAUGGGUGAAGGCUGGCACAACUAUCACCAUGUUUUUCCCUGGGACUACAAAGCAGCUGAACUUGGUAACUAUUUUGGCAACUUCACCACAAUGAUUUUAGAUGCCUUCCAUCGUAUUGGUUGGGCUUGGGAUAUGAAGGAACCGUCGAAGGAUUUAGUGCGUCGCGUUAUUGACAAAUAUGGUGAUGGCACACACCCCACGACAGAUAGGUCAACUGAAACACCAUCGGUUGGACAUUUUCAUUAUGCGGAGAUACCCGAUCCUGAAUUUGACGCAUCCGAUGCUGAGUCGAGCAGCACGGAGAGCACAAAGCUAGAUGAGAAUGAGAAUUUGAAGAAGAAAGUGCAAACGUAGAAUUCAGUUAGUAGUUGGUGAUUAAAAUGCUAACUAUGGACUGGGUGUAAGUGAGCGUGAGACGUCAGAGCUCCUAAAAAUAUGGACGUGUGGCUGUUUAUUUAAUUUUUUUUCAUAAUGCGUAAGUAAGUGCAUAUGUCACAUACAUAUAGUAUGUAUGUAUUGGCAUAAAUAUGUGCUUAUAAUAAAUAAUGGGUGUUCCGUUUAUACAUAGAUAUACAUACUUAUACAUACAUUAUAUAAAUUAUAUUUGCAUAAUUAUCUAGAAACAAAAGCCGGGUAAGAUAUGUAUGUCAUUCGUUUUUUGUCGGGUUAAGUGGAAUGCACAUUCAAGCACUUUGGAAUAAAUAAAUAGGUUUUUAAGCGAAAAUAUGACAAAUGCGUCACAAGUAAAAGAUAUUCUAGUACCAGCUUGUAAGAAUCUUAAAUUUAUGAAACAUUUUUUGUACUAUGUAAACACACAAGCGAGAUAAUUGUGCUGCAAAUGAUUUACAAUUAGUCAGUUAAGGCAACAUUCUCAAUCACAAUGCAAAUUUAUAUUACUAAAAUUAUUUUUAUUAGUAAGUAAGUGUGUUCAUUUGUGAACGAAAUUUUGAUGUACAAUAAAAAAAUAUAUCAAAUUAAAUUACUAAACGUUAAAAAAUA